CCUCUUUCCCCUGCUAAUACUGACUGUCCAAGUCUCACGCCAUUCGCCCCUUCCCGCCCCCGCCUCCCCCGAAAACCCUAACCCAGUCCGAUCAGCCUCCUCCAUGAUGGCGGCCACGGCGUCAUCCGAUGCGACCGACGGCCCCGUCCUCAGCCUUAUCAACAAGCGCAUCCGAACCCUCCGCAAGAAACACAAUCGCAUCCUCCAGAUGGAAGAGUCCCUCGCCCAAGGCAAGUCCCUCAACAAGGAGCAGGAAGAGGUCCUCCGCUCCAAGCCCUAUGUCGUCGCCUCCAUGGACGAGCUUGAGAAGCUCCGCCCCCAGCUCAGCGUCGCCCUCCAGGAGGAGCUCAACCUCGCCGUCCAGCGCUACCAGGUCUCCCCUUCGCCGGAGGAAUCCGCCCCCGCCCCUUCAGAGGACUCGGACCUCAAGGAUCUCCUCAAUCUGCUCUACUUCGGGGCCUUGUUCGACGUGAAGUCGCAGAGCGAUUUCACGGCGACGAUGCUGACGAGGACGCACGAGAGGGGAUGCUGCCUGACCUAUGACUACGUAACCGACGACGCCACCGAUCUUCUGGGGGAGAAGGACUUGGACACCAUUUCGAGCUUGGGAAAUCUCUUGAUCUCGAGGCCAGUGGACACCAGUUUGUCGCACAAGAACGCCCUGGAGCGGUGCCUGGAACACGCCAAGCUCUGGCUCGCGCGCUCGGACCAGGCCAUUGAGCCGAAUUCCGGCAUUACCUAUGCUGAGUUGAGAGAGAGGCUCAAUAAGAUUAUGGUAUCGGAUUAUUUCACGGCCACGCCGGAGAUGAAAGCUCCUGUCGAUGUGGCUGCUGCAGGAAAUUAUGCUCCUUUCCAGGUUCAGGUUAAUGGCUCCUCACUGCAGGUUACCGAGGUGCCUGUCCAGGAACAAGGCAGCUCAGAUGCCGAGCAUGAACAGAAGGGUGAAGAUGAGAGAGUAAAUCAAGAACAGGAUGCACCAGUCCAAGCUAGUCCUGUUGAGGAGGCUCCGGAGUGUCAAGCAGGGGAUGGAGAUACUUCAGAAGCACCUCCUGCUCAAGCAGAAGGAGAAAUUGACCAACAAGCUGAAGAGGAGUUCAAUCAGCAGAAGGAUAGUGAUGUGAAGGAGCAACAAUUUCAUCCACGAAGGUCAUAUCAAAACCAUAGAGGAGGCCGCCUUGGAGGCGGGGGUGGAGGCCGCCGUGGUUACUACGGUGGCCGUGGUGGCAGAGGUGGCGGUGGCGGUUACCAGAACGGGCGCCACCAGUACUACGACCAGCCAGGUAAUUACUACCCAAGGGGCUAUUAUAACAACAGGGGCAGAGGUGGCAGGGGUGGCAGUGGGCAUCCCUACAACAACCACCACCACCACGGCCCACCCAUUCGAGGUGGUCAUGGCCAGGUUGAUGUUGGGGUGGCUUCUUAGGUAUCUGGGCUCAUUUUGCUGUUUAUAGUGGGUUGGGAUAUAUCUGAGUUUUGUCGACGGGAGGGGGGCGUAUGUUUCUGGAAAGACUUUAACUUGCGGCGGGGGGGUGUUGGUUUAUCUUAAAAUCUCAACGGACACAAGUUAUGCGCCAAAUUUUGGUAUGAUAUUAGAACCUGUUGGAUCUUCUCUUGAUUAUUGUGGUAGUUCGGAUCAUCUGCUCUGCAUAUUCGGUUUUUCAUGGGCUCUUUCAUGUGAUUGGAAUGUCGGUGAUUCCGUCUGUUGUGCUA